CCUUGACCCUAUGCAAGUUAAAUUAGGAAAAACGGACACUCCAAAAUCAAAUUGAAUGUAGUGUAAUAUUUGAAAUGGAAGGACUGAUACCUGUGAUUAACAAACUUCAAGAUGUGUUCAAUACAAUUGGUUCUGAGGCAAUUAAUCUACCACAGAUUGUUGUGAUAGGCAACCAGAGCUCUGGAAAGAGUUCAGUACUUGAGAGUUUAGUUGGGAGAGAUUUCCUGCCGAGAGGAACAGGCAUUGUGACUAGGAGGCCCUUAAUUCUUCAGUUGAUUCAUGUCAACAAAGGUGACAGGGAGGCUCGUGCUCAAGAUGGAGAUCCAAUUAAAGCAGAUGAGUGGGGAAAAUUCCUGCACACGAAGAACAAAAUUUACACUGAUUUCCGUGACAUCAGACAAGAAAUUGAAAGCGAAACAGAAAGAAUGACUGGGACUAAUAAGGGAAUAUGUCCAGAACCAAUCAAUUUAAAAAUAUAUUCCCCCAAAGUGGUGAACCUGACUUUGGUGGACCUGCCUGGAAUGACCAAGGUACCAGUGGGAGAUCAACCAGAGGACAUUGAGCUACAGAUCCGAGACCUGUGUACGGAUUACAUCCAGAAUCCAAACUCCAUCAUCUUAGCUGUGUGUGCUGCCAACACAGACAUGGCUACAUCUGAAUCUCUAAAGCUAGCCAGAGAAGUGGACCCAGACGGUCGCCGGACCUUGGCAGUGGUGACAAAACUAGACUUGAUGGAUCACGGGACAGAUGCGAUGGAAGUUCUGUGUGGGCGGGUCAUUCCUGUCAAAUUAGGAAUUAUAGGAGUGGUCAACCGAAGCCAGGCAGACAUCAACAGUCAAAAGGAAAUGACAGACACUUUAAAAGAUGAGGCCUCUUUUCUACAGAAGAAGUACCCCUCCAUUGCCAGCCGCCAUGGCUCACAUUACCUAGCCAAAACCCUGAACAGACUGCUAAUGCAUCACAUCAGAGAUUGUCUUCCAGAGCUGAAAACCAGAGUCAAUGUGUCCAUUGCCCAGUUCCAGUCACUGCUCAAUUCAUUUGGAGAACCAGUAGAAGAUAAGAGUCAGCUGCUGUUGCAAAUCAUCACCAGAUUUGCCACCGCCUACUGUAGUACAAUAGAAGGCAACUCCAAAAAUAUUGAGACCUCAGAAUUAUGCGGAGGGGCCAGAAUAUGCUACAUCUUCCAUGAGACGUUUGGCCGUACACUGGAGAGUGUGAAUCCCUUGGGAGGGUUAACUCCCCUGGACAUCCUGACAGCAAUUAGAAAUGCCACUGGCCCUAGACCAGCUCUGUUUGUCCCUGAAGUUUCGUUUGAGCUCCUCGUGAAGCGACAGAUUCGUCGGCUGGAGGAGCCAAGUCUACGAUGCGUAGAAUUAGCUCACGAGGAAAUGCAGAGGAUUAUACAACACUGUGGAACACAGCAAGAGAUGUUGAGGUUUCCAAAAUUACAUGAGAAGAUAGUAGAUGUAGUAACUAACUUAUUACGGAAGAGAUUGCAACCCACCAACAACAUGGUGCAAAAUUUAGUAGCAAUAGAGUUAGCAUAUAUCAAUACCAAACAUCCAGAUUUUCAUGAGGCAAACCUUUUUCAAAGAUCACAGGAAUUAGAAAUUAGUAAAAACUUUAACGAAUUCCACGUUAAUAACGAGUCUACAAAGGAUAAUAAGAAAGUAAACACUGGUAAAAUUUCUAACUUUUUGCGGGGUCAGGGUGACUUGCAUCACGCUGAUUCAUCCCAGGCCAGCAGUCCGGCCAGUAGUCGACCUGAUUCUCCUGCCCACAGUGUUAAAGGGGUCAACCUCCUCUCAGAUGUACCUCAACAAACAUCCAGAAAACUUUCACCCAGGGAACAAAGAGACUGUGAUGUCAUUGAGCGCCUGAUUAGGUCCUACUUUUUGAUCGUAAAAAAGAACAUCCAAGACACAAUACCCAAGGCGAUCAUGCACUUCCUGGUUAAUUUUAUCAAAGACAAUCUCCAGAGUGAACUGGUUAGCUCUCUGUACAAGAAAGAGGAGCUGGAGUUCCUAUUGGAGGAGUCGGAACACAUAGCACAGAGACGCAACGAGGCCAGCGAAAUGUUACAGGCACUUCAAAGAGCCAGUCAAAUUAUUGGAGAGAUUCGUGAGAUUCAUCUGUGGUAAGAAAAACAGCAGAAUAAAACAACACAAGAGGAAACUGCUCUAUAAAGAGACCAAGUACAAAACAGGGACAGGUGACAAAGAUCCCACCCAGCAGUGUCGUUCUGUCAGUCCAUAAAUCAAACAACUCUGUGUAUAGUCCAUGUAACAGGGACUUACUACACUACAUGUAUGGUACAGUCCAAUUCUUGGCUGUGUUUUGUCAAUGUAUAGGGUGUGUGUAAAAAUACAUGCUUUCAUUUUCAGUUGCAUUAUAUUACCUAGAGUUGUUUGAAAUGUUUUGAAUGAAUUGAAUUCUGUAUAACUGUAUUAAAUGUAACUUAAUUAUUGUUUGUUGUUUUGUAUAGAAAAAUUAAUGAUUUUUUAAAGUUUUACCAAAGCUAACAUGACUAUUUAUCCAGACAACAUAUUAUACUUGUAAUUGUUUGAUAUAUAUAAAUUAAUAUGAGGUUUUGUUUUUUUUCAUUUGAUAAGCAAUUUUCAUAAAAUAUGGUAUGUGUUUAUAGUAAAUAGUUAUAUUACUUCUAGAUUUGUCAAUUUGCUUAGCAAUCAAUUUGUCAUGCAAAAACAACUUGUACUAUGAUGUUAAAGACAUGCCUGAAUCACUCAAUAGUAUCAAACUAAUGAAUGUAUGUGAAUGAUCUACCACAAGCCAGUUGAGAAACAAAAUCACUAGUCAUUUAAUCACAGGUUAAAACUUUACAUAACAUUAAUGUUACAUUGUAUGAUUUAUCCGGUUUUAAGUUCAUACCCUGGUGUGCAUGCAGCACUAUUGCUAUAGAUGUAGAGACCACAGUUAGAUCCAAUUUAUAUCAGGGCAUUGAAUUAUCCAUCUUACUAGGGAUGUAAAACUACCGUAUGAACUAUUAUUUUGUUGAUUUUUUAAUCCUAGCACUCUGCUCCUGUUAUGCUUAUUUUUCUUUGACUUUAUUGUUCUUGUUUCUUCUGAUUAUUAUCACAACUUAUUUUUGAUAGUGCAGUUUAGUGUGUGAGAAAAGUUUUUGUUCUUACAUACAUGUAUAGGUUAUGUGCUCUUUUGUUCAGUAUUUUGUUUGGAUGAAGUUUAUAGUCACUAAUAUCUGUAAAUCGUCACAUUGACUUGUCUUUCAGUUUGUUCAUUCUGACGAAAUUGUACAUGUACAUAUUUAUAGGUAUGUGUGAGUGUUUUUAUGUGUAGGUGUAUAUUUGAUUAUGAUUAACAACUUAGACUAGAUAAGAUUAAUCAACAUGUUUGUACAUUUACCUAUGUAGCUCACUCUGUAGAUAAUGGCAUUGAAUAAUGCUUGUAGGAGGUGAGUAAACCAACAAUUAUACAAACACAAAAAAAAAAUCCAACACAUAAAUCAUCUUAGUUAAAUAUUUAUAAUAUUAACACACUCUUUCUCAAAAUAUAAAAACUGAGUCAAGGGCAAUGCUGUAAAUUUUGUUUGUAAAUUUUUAAAAAAAAUUGUAAACGUACAUGUAUUACAUUUGGCUGUGUAUUCUGUUUAGCAAUUUAGGCAAACAAUGACUUCCACAAAAUCCCGUACAUUGCUUAAUGUAAUGCAUACACAUGAUUGUAAAAAAAUAUCUUCAUGGAUCAGAAAUGUUCUUAAUCAAAUCAAUGCUUACCUUAUUAAUAUUCUCCCAAUAUUUCGUACAUGCCAUAGUUAAUAUGUUUACAGUUGUUGUUUAGAAAUAAAUGUCAUGUAUGCCAGUUGGUUAUAAAACUACAAUAUUGAGUACAUCAUUCAUGUUCAUAAUAAAUGGCAUAUUAUUAUAUGAAUGUAAUUAAUCUUGAUGAGUACUUCUUGAGACAUGUCCACUUUUUCAUUCUAUGGGUAGACAUUGAAAUGAGAAAUGAUCUUUGUAAUAGGUGUUGUACAAGUGUGAUAGUGGGAUGACGAUUUUUCUUCUAUCUUCUUGUUAUCAUAAAAUUUCUGCAUGUACAUUGUACAUCAAAUGUAUCAAAGAAUUGUAACUCCAUUAAUACAAAAUUGAAAUGUAACAUUCAAAGAAUACCUCCCUCAUUAUAUAAAAAUACUGUAUACCUGGGUUUUUCCACGUCACUAAAUUUGCAAAAAUAUGGUAAAUAUGUAACUCUAGUAAACCCGAAGUAAACCCAGAAAUUAAACCCAGGGUUUAGUUGGGGUUUACUUUCUGUUAGGUAAAUGUUUGAAAUUUAAUAAAAAUGUAGUUACAGCAAACAUUACCAAAUAUAAUUAUUUUUUGCAGAAGUUAGUGAUUGUUAUAACAUUGAAAAUCACGCCAUCUUCAUUUUGAUGAAAAAGUAAAUUGAAAAGAAGAUUUUUUUUCUAAAAAUCAUAAAAUAGUUAUUGAAAUGAAGGGAAAAAGAAAGUUUGAUAAUUUCAUGAUGAAGUGCUAGAGCCUACAUGUUUUGCUUAUGAGAUGAAUAAUAUUUGUUUACAAUGAUUGUGUAUUUACGUGUAGUAGAUCUUUAAUAACAAAAUGGUUUUGGUCUACUUGUAAUUUUCAUCAACAGUGCAUGUACAAAGGGUCAUUCAUUAAAUGAUUCUGAUUCAAUCAAA